AUGGCCGCACCAGUAACCCCCGACAACGUGCCGACUACUGCCUCUUACGUAUUCGCGACCGCUAUCAUUGCCGGCGUCGUUGGCUACUUUGCUGGUCAAGGUGCUUCGCUCGGUUUAUUCGGUUCUUCGCCGGCGGCGACUGGAGCAUCGAAGUCGAAGCGCGCGACGAAGGAAAAGGAAACAAACGAGGAAUCAGAGUCUGAGGAAGACGAAGAUGGUGCUGAGUUAGCGACAUUUGAUGGUAAUCAGGACGAGGUGAAACUUGUUCUCGUUGUGCGGACAGAUUUGGGGAUGGGCAAGGGAAAAAUCGCCGCCCAAUGCUCCCAUGCCACCCUCGCCUGCUACAAAUACUACUUCUCCAAAGACCCCAACUCGCCCAUCCUCAAGCGCUGGGAAAACGGUGGACAGGCCAAAGUUGCUCUGCAAGUCAAGACGGAGGAUGAAAUGUUGGUAUUACAAGCUCAAGCGAUGAGUCUGGGACUUUGCGCGCGCGUGAUACAGGAUGCUGGACGAACGCAGAUAGCUAGUGGAAGCAGGACGGUGCUUGGUGUUUUGGGACCGAAGACGGUUGUUGAUCAGGUCACUGGUCACUUGAAACUUCUUUAA